GCAUCUAUCACCACGACGAGGAUGUAAACAGCGCCCCCUGGAGUUAAGCACAGAGACCCUACUUACUGGUCAAGACAGGCAUACUCUCUUCUGACUUGGCUAUCACUGAGCUGCAGAGUGAAGAGGGAAAUCCUCGCAGCCUCUGCCACCACCAUGUGUUAUGGAAAAUGUGCACGGUGCAUCGGACAUUCUCUGGUGUGGCUGGCCAUCCUCUGCAUUGUAGCUAAUAUUUUGCUUUACUUUCCAAAUGGGGAAACAAAAUAUGCCUCCGAAAACCAUCUCAGCCGCUUCGUGUGGUUCUUUUCUGGCAUCGUAGGAGGGGGCUUGCUGAUGUUCCUGCCGGCAUUCGUAUUCAUUGGGUUGGAGCAGGACGACUGUUGUGGCUGCUGUGGCCACGAAAACUGUGGCAAGAGAUGCGCGAUGCUUUCUUCCGUCCUGGCGGCCCUCAUUGGGAUUGCAGGGUCUGGCUACUGCGUCAUCGUGGCAGCCCUGGGCUUGGCCGAAGGGCCAGUAUGUCGUGAUUCUUUUGGCCAGUGGAACUACACCUUUGCCAACACCGAUGGACAGUACCUUCUGGAUACCUCCACAUGGUCCCAGUGCACGGAACCCAAGCAUAUUGUAGAAUGGAACGUCUCUCUGUUUUCCAUCCUCUUGGCCCUGGGUGGAAUUGAAUUCAUCUUAUGUCUCAUUCAAGUAAUAAAUGGUGUGAUGGGAGGCAUAUGUGGCUAUUGCUGCUCUCGCCAACAGCGAUACGACUGCUAAAAGAACCACCCCACGACAGAACCACGAUCUUCCUUUAUUUCAUUGUAAUUUAUAUAUUUUACUUGUAUUAAUUUGUAAAACUUUGUACUAGUGUAUCAUACUCCGUAUAUUCUACUUUUAUAAAUGUGUAUAAAAGCUGGCAUCUUCACGUGAUGUCAGUGUUUGAGCGUAGCAAACUGUUUUUUUAGGAAUGAGAAAAUCCACGAGGUAAUUUACAGACUGAAUGACGGUCGGUCCUCAGCAUAGCUGAGACAAACUCUGGCCUGAGUGAUGUUUUUUAGAAACAUUAUAAGGAUAAGUAUCACCCUCCAAUUACUAUUAUCUAUGCCUGGGUUUAUUAAAGGAAAGAUUUCUAAUUGCUUUUUUUAAGAUCGUGAAGGAGAAAAUCCAAAAACUUGAAAAGAUGUGUCUUUUUCACUGUUUAUAUGGUGUUUCCCAUUCAUAUGCCUGCAAAUCUCUGGCAAGAGGCCUUUUUGAAGUGUUUCAUGUUUCAUAAGAGACAGACUCUUGCCCAGAGAGGGAGGGCUGGUUGAGAGUGCCCUGAGCUGAAGGAAGGCAUCAAAACAUGCAAUGCUGCUGAGAGUACUGGCAGGUCCUAAGUUUCUCUAACAGGUAGAACACUUUUUGUCCUUCAGAGACAAGCACCAAGGAUCAUGUAUUGACAAAGAAAAAGGCCUGGAUAGUUGGAUGAGGAAAAGAUGGGAAACGGACUAAAGCAGUUUCAUCAGCAUUAUGGGAAAAUGGGGCAGGGGGAGGAAGGGCAGAAGGAACAUGGGGAAACACCCCCCAACUUUGAUGGUUUAAAUACAACAAAAUAAAGUAUCCACUACAA